AUGCCUGUCGUCUCUGCGCCGCCGAUUGCCCCCAUAGAGCCCGACAUCUUUGACGAUGAUGAUGAGGGCUGGCAAGACAUGCCGGUCGUCCGGAACGACGAUGACUUCGCCCUAGGCCUGGACGAAGAGGACCAGAAGAAGUACCACUACGUCGCACCAUCGAAGACGGACGCCGUGACGGGAACGGCGGUGGGGAAUGCUACGGGUGCGGUCCUCGACGUGGAUGUCAGCGGAAACGAGUGGCGGACGAAGGCAGAUCAGAAUGAGAACGAAUACACUCGGAUACGGAUGAAGGAGGAAGACGAGUCAGACGAGGUCCACCUCCGCACACGAUAUCUCUUCGACGAGGACAAGGCGAUGACUCCGCUCAGUCAGAUGCAGCAGACGAAGGAUAUGCUCACUGAGGCCCAGCGCAUCGCCUACGUUGGCGUGUGUCACCUCACGGCGAAGGAGAUGGCGGACCAGCUGAAGAAGGUGAAUCGGAAGGAGCUGAAGAAGGCGAUCCAGAGCAUGGAGCUAUGGGCACUGAAGAUCAUGGGACGGUUGUACUAUCAUAUGGAGCUCGCAACUGAAGAGCAGAAGAUGAUCGAGAGCCUUGGACAGCACGGUGUCGAAGCCAAGGAUCUCGUCCCCGCACUCAUGACCACGCAUACAGUCGCCAACCCCGAGUACGACCCUGCCGAGGCUCGAAAACAGGCUGAGAUCCGCGAAGAGGAGGCCGCAAAGGAGUCCGCGGACAUCUCGGAGACGGACGACUCCGCCCCUUCUACCCCGCCCCCGGCAUAUUCCCCCGUCGCCCCCGUCCCUCCGCCCAAACCGCACCAAACCACCGCACGAGUCUUUGAGGAGACGGCUGCACUGGCCAUGCCCGGCGUCAGUACCCACCUUUCGGCGGCCGACAGAGAUGUCACGCUCGACAUUCGGUGGACCGUACUCUGCGACCUCUUCCUCGUCCUCAUCGCAGACAGUGUGUACGACGCACGGUCCCGUGGGCUACUGGAGAGUGUUGCUCUGAAGCUCGGUCUGGGCUGGGUGGAUGUCGUAAAGUUUGAAGCUCGAGUCACGGAGGCACUGGAGAUCCAGGAGAGCGUGGAGAAGCUCGAGCAGCAGACCUCUAUCCAGGAUGUCCAGAAGAACACCAAGAGGCGGCGAAUGGUGAUGCUCGGUCUUGCUACUCUCGGUGGAGGUCUCGUCAUCGGGCUCUCCGCUGGGCUUCUCGCCCCUGUCAUUGGAGCUGGCUUGGGCACUGCGCUCACGACGAUUGGUAUCACCGGCACCACUGGUUUCCUCGCGGGCACCGGCGGAGCAGCGGUGAUCACUACUGGAGGCGUUCUGACCGGGUCAGGCAUUGCUGUACGUGGGAUGGCGCGGAGAACACAAUACGUUCGCACUUUCGACAUCCUGCCGCUGCACAAUCACAAGCGAGUGAAUGCCAUCCUCACCGUCUCUGGCUUCAUGACCGGUACUUUGGACGACGUUCGCUUGCCGUUCAGCGUCCUCGACCCUGUGGUCGGCGACGUUUUCAGCAUCCUCUGGGAGCCGGAGAUGAUUCGGGAGACUGGAAGCGCGCUCAAGAUCUUGACGUCCGAAGUUCUCUCGCAGCUGGCGCAGACUGCACUCCAAGCAACAGUCAUGACGGCGCUCAUGAGUGCACUUCAGUGGCCCAUUAUCCUUACAAAGCUCGGGUACCUGAUCGACAACCCGUGGUCCAACGCCCUUGAUCGUGCAAGUGCAGCUGGCAAAGUCCUCGCAGACGUCCUCAUAAACAGGCACCUUGGAGUUCGACCGAUAACCCUUAUCGGAUUCUCGCUGGGCGCCAGGGUGAUAUUCUACGCGCUCCUCGCUCUCGCGAAGAAGGGCAUUUUCGGUAUCGUGCAGGACGUGUUCAUCCUUGGAGCUACAGUCACCGCCCCACUCAGCACCUGGCUCGAGGUACGCUCGGUUGUCUCGGGGCGCUUUGUCAAUGGCUAUGCGCGCAAUGACUGGGUCCUUAACUACCUCUUCCGCGCAACAAGCGGCGGGCUCAACACUUUGGCCGGACUGCGUCCCGUGGAGAAUGUCCCUGGGCUGGAGAACGUGGACGUAACGGACAAGAUUUCUGGACACAUGAGCUACCGGACGUUCAUGCCGCUGAUCCUUGAUCAGCUGGGUUUCCCGGUUUCGGCCGACUAUUUUGACGAGCCUGAGGAGCCUGACUUCGAGGGUGAACGUGUAGUGAUCAGGGAAGGAGAGGAGCAAGAGAAGAAAGGAUGGUUCGGACGCAAAAAAUCGUCAAAGCCUUCCGUUUCCGUCUCUCAUGUUCCGGCCGGGGACGCGAAGAUCAGGAACUCCACUUCAAGCGCACGGGACGAUGACGACCUCCCUCCCCGGGAAGGUGCUGCGACGCCGACGGCGGAGAAGCGAUUGCCUGCGCAAACGGCGACGUCUCCCAAAUCGCCGACUCGCGCCUCUGCACCCGCGGAGGACGGCGACGUGGGCCAGUCGGAACUGCCGAUCCACGCUGGAUUCAACUUUGAAGCGAUCAAGGAGGCGCUAGGCAAGACGGACCUGGACGUCAGCUCAAUUCCUACCCCACAAGCCGUCUCGGUACCUCCUCCACGCCCUCACUCCCCGCCAACCCGCUCCGAGUCCGCACCCCCACCACAAGCCGAGGAGACGGCAGAACCCGUGACCCCGAAGCUGCGCCCCUCGUUCGACGCGAGGCCACUGGCGCGCGAGGAUGAGCUGCCGAUAGCCAGCUCGAGCGCGCGUGCGGACCUGUCCUCGACGCUAUCGCGAUCGCUCUCUCUCAAUAGCAUGGCAGACCCGGAGGAAGCCUCGAUGACGUCAUUCGCGUCUGCCGGCACAAACUCACUUUCCUCGUCCUCGUCCUUCCCGUCGACGUCACGUCCUCCCGUUCUCUCGUUCGGGUCGAGCGACCGCCCGUCCUGGGACGCGCCAUCGGCGGCGAGUCCCUAUGGUGGCGGCUUCGGCGCGUCGUCAAUGUCGAACUUUGGCGCAUCGUCGACAUCCGGCUUCGGUGCACUGGGGUCUGCAGACGUCUUCAACGCGAAUCCGUUUGCAAACCCCCUGCCGCCUCCUCCGAGUAGUGGGCCGUCGCUCUCCUUCGGCGCGUCCGACGGGUCCAUCACGCUCUCGUCCUCGACACAAACACAAGGGGGGCGCAGCGCGUGGGAGUUCGGGAACCCAUACGCGGCUGGGGCGGGGAAGAAAGGCGCGCAGUCAAGCACGCUCGACCUCAACCCGUGGCAGAGUUGA